CGCAAUGCCGCAUUGGAAAAUGUGAGGUGGCCUUUCGGUCCCAGGACAGACACCACAGCCAGAGCACACCCGGCCAGGCCAAGCUCCAUCAAGCCUCGCCGUCGACAUUCUCACCACCACCUCGUCACUCUCCUUCGCCAUUUUCUCACCCGACCUGGCUGGCUGGCUUCAGUUGCUCUGUCUGCUCCAUGGUCAAGCUCAAUUGGCCUGUAUUUCUCAUGACAUUUGUCUGUCCACCUCCCGCCGCUCCUUGAUCGUGCACCGGUCCCGCCGCAUUGCCGCCCCCCCUCGCUGUUCUGCUCUCCUGUCCCACGCUGGAAGCCCCUGGGUGACCCUGCAGCUGCCAGGCUCCUCCCAUCUGUGUCGCGGCUCACCGUAGAUAUGUCUGCCAAGUCCCGUUUCACAAGGCUUGACGCCUUCACAAAAACUGUCGAAGAUGCGCGCGUCCGAACAACCUCGGGCGGCAUCGUCACCAUCGUGUCCUUGCUCGUCGUUUUGUACCUGGCACUUGGCGAAUGGGCAGACUAUAGGCGCACAGUAAUACACCCGGAGCUGAUUGUUGAUAAAGGACGCGGCGAGCGGAUGGAGAUCCACCUGAACAUCACCUUCCAGCGAAUCCCUUGCGAGCUGCUGACCCUCGAUGUGAUGGACGUCUCGGGCGAGCAGCAGCACGGCGUGCAGCAUGGCGUCAGCAAGGUCCGCCUCCGCCCCGAGUCCGACGGUGGCGGCGUCAUCGACACCAAGGCCCUGGCCCUCCACGACGACGACGAGACCGCCAAGCACCUCGACCCAGACUACUGCGGCGGCUGCUACGGCGCCGCUGCCCCGCCCAACGCCAUGAAGCCCGGGUGCUGCCAGACCUGCGACGAGGUGCGCGAGGCUUACGCCCAGGCGUCCUGGGCCUUCGGCCGCGGCGAGAACGUCGAGCAGUGCAUGAGGGAGCACUAUGCCGAGAGGCUGGAUGAGCAGCGCCACGAGGGUUGCCGCAUCGAGGGCAGCCUGCGUGUUAACAAGGUCGUUGGGAACUUCCACAUCGCCCCCGGCCGCAGCUUCAGCAACGGCAACAUGCACGUCCACGACCUCAAGAACUACUGGGACACUCCCGUCCAGGGCGGCCAUCGCUUCUCGCACACCAUCCACCAGCUGCGCUUCGGACCCCAGCUGCCGGAGCAGAUCACCGAGAAACUAGGAACAAAGUCUCAGGCCUGGACCAACCACCACAUGAACCCCUUGGAUGGUCUCGAGCAGGUCACCGAGGACCCUAACUUCAACUACAUGUAUUUUGUCAAGAUCGUGCCCACAUCCUACAUUCCCCUCAGCCUGAGCAAGAAGUACCGCGACAUGAUGACCGAUGCGAAUGCCGCCCUUGGCCAGUUCGGUCAGAACGACGAUGGCAGCAUCGAAACCCACCAGUACUCGGUCACGAGCCAUAAGCGCAGCCUGUCGGGUGGUGACGACUCUGCCGAGGGCCACGCUGAGCGUCUGCACUCCAAGGGUGGUAUUCCAGGUGUCUUCUUCUCAUAUGACAUCUCUCCAAUGAAGGUCAUUAACCGCGAGGAGCCGGCCAAGUCAUUUGCAGGGUUCCUCACUGGGCUGUGCGCUGUUCUUGGUGGCACCCUGACGGUCGCGGCUGCCGUGGACCGGUUUGUCUUUGAGGGCGCGACUAGGUUGAAGAAGCUGAGGUCCAAGGACAUGUAGACUUCGUGGGUUUUGAGACCAAGGUGGAGAUAAGGAGUCGAUGGGGCCAUAGGUCGGCUUACGUCCCUCAAGCUUCCUGCCGCCUUUUGUUUUGCUUUUGCAUCGGCUAUGGCGUUUGGGUUAGGUAGUCGGGAAAAUGUCAGGGUCAUAUUUGAACCUCUUCAAGCUGAGCAUCAACAGGAACUGCUUGACAAGCACUAUUGUGUGCGGUAUUUGGGUGAUAAGCCACCGAUGACUCCGUGGGCAGAUGCUCAUGCUUUAGAUCAGGGCCACUAGCCGGGCACCCUUUUUUUGGUCUGAUGUCGGUAGGUGUCACAAAACCCCAAGCAUGUGAUUGUUUGAUUUCUUGAAGAUAUCUAGAUGUCUCUCAUCAAUCUAACUUU